AUGAGCUCUCUUAUUCAUCCGGUGCACUCCAUCUCGCAGAAAUGUCGCCCGAAACAUCAGGUCCUGGUCCUCAAGUGCUAUCCGAAAUACCAGAAAGGCAUCCAGGAGGUCAAGCCCAGCUCCAGCGAGCUCAGCUAUCUCCUGUACUAUGCCAGUUCACGGCGCUCCAAGCUGCAGAAGGUUGGCGCAUUCCUUGAGAAGAAGACCGCCAGCGAUGUAUACAUGCGCAGACUCGGCAAUGUCCAGGUCACCCUCCAGAUACUUACCGCCGUCAUUGAGAAAACCCCCCGCGACCUGAUGCUCUACUCGCACUCUGUCCUUACCAUCAUCGGCUCGGUCCUGCGCUCCCAUGAUAUCAACAUGGUAGAAGAGUCACUGCCCACCUUGGAGGCCUUUUGCAAACAUGCCAACUCCGCAGCUCUCUCUGCCGACCAGCAACGAAUUCAGCAGUACCUAACUCUGUUGGAGCUGUACUCAGAGUUCGCCGAUCCCAGACCGACCUCGAAAGCGCGAGCAAAUGAAUCAAAAUCUCAGAGCCUACGAUGGCGCACCGCCGGUUUGCGAGCGAUCCGAGCCGUCGUCAGCUCCGAUGCGCUCAACGCAGACCCAUCCAAGCAGCUCAACACCGCUGUGCCCGUAAUACUCAGUAACAUGUCGUUGGACGACGCGAGCGUCCUCUCCUCGUUACAACAGCGAGCGCGCAACAGUGAAAAGCAGGAGAACGAGCAGGCGCGGAGGCGUCGUCUGAGCAGUGCUACCAUUACCACGGUUGACACCACGGGAGAACAUCAGUUAACUGCAUCCGAGACCGCCGCCGAUGCUGACAAGGCUGCAGAGGACGAGGUCAAAGUGCUUGCGGUCCGUUGCCUGAAGCAGAUCUUUUCCGUGGGUACCGGAAGCACCAGGGGUCAGACAAGGCUUGCAACUGGUCUGACGUUGAAGUUUAUCGUGGCGCAAAAUCCCCCGAAAGCUGCUCUCCGUGGUGCAAGUCAGGGCAACUGGGCUACUGCACUCUUUGAAACUAUUGCAAGGUGGACCCCAGUGCAGGAUCGAUUCAUCAUUGUCAUCACGGCCAUGGAGACUAUGAUCAGAAGUCCGAUUGUCGAGAGUCUCCUCGAGAAGCAGCUCGUUGUAGCUACAUUGAUUGAUUGGCUCUUGUCCUCAGACAUCAACUUGAUCGGGCUGAGUGUCAUGGACAUUAUGUUGGGCUUCGUACAGCACACCUUGCUACUUCUACAGCUUGGAGGCCGCGACUCAUUGGCUAUGCCCAACCAACCUCAAACCGAUACUCUGGGCUUCAUUCGCGAAGCCAAGGAGACUUUCGAUCCUAGCUUUGUGCUGUCAGACACCACCCGGGGUCGACUCCCUAACAUUGCCGAGACAACCCCGUCUCCAGCACGGCAAGAGCUGCUUGCAUGCUUGCGGAAGUGCAUAGCUUCUCUAUCCAACCAUAUCUACUACACCGAGCAGGUUUCGGACAUGAUGGCAACCAUUCUGGCCAGACUCAAGCCUUCAACAAACUCGGAAAUCCCCUCAAUAGCAGCAGCAAUUGAACAGCCUGCUGCUGCAACCAGGUCUAUAGCCGACUCCGCAAGCUUGCGCGAGGAUUCAUCAACGGACAGCUUUUUCUCGUUCGCCACGGCUCGUGUGGUGGCCCUGCAGACCGUCAGGGACAUAUUGCUUCGAGCGAGUGGCACGCGCACGUCAAGCGGCUCUUCCAUCGAAUCUCGGACCCGAGUUGGUGUACAAGUCUGGGAGGGCACCCAAUGGCUACUCAAAGACGAGGAUGCGGAAGUUCGCGCGGCAUAUAUCGAAGCCCUUCUGGCCUGGGUACGCCUCGAAACCAAUAAGAACGAUCUGCUUCUGCCCAAGGACGGGCUGCGGAGAGGAAAGUCGACAAAACGAACAUCUGCUCCAGACGGGGAACAAAGCCUGUCUAAAAGAGCUGUCUCUAAUGCAUCGAGGAGAGAGCACAAGCCAGCCCGAUCCACUUUCGUGCAGCUGCUGCACCUAGCCGCCUAUGACUCUAUCUUGGACAGAGCGAGUAACGAGUGUGAAGUGCUCAUGUUGUACCUGCUUCUGACGAAGCUCGUCGAGCGGUUGGGCGUUAAUGCACUACGGACAGGACUUCCUAUGAUCCUCAAACUCCAGGAGACUGCCCUCAACGGUGAAAGGGACCUCUCCUCCAAUGGCAAAGUUAAUGUGGCUAGUCUCAUCCAUGGCUAUCUCUGGAGCGUGGCAGAAAAGUUCGAAUUUGAAGCAAACAAAGUAGGACAUGAGGUCAACGCUGAGAUAUCGAGGCGCAAGCGAUUCUCGAUAUGGCUAGAGAAAGUCAAAUUUCCAGCAUUGUCGCUUCAUUCUAUUGAGGCUCUCAUCGAGGAUGAGGAGAAGACAAGCAUCUAUUCUGAAGAUGCAGUCGGCGGUCUCCGGCCUUUCUUGAACGUCACGGAGUUUGUCGACGAGAUUGCAGCAUCAUACGAUGCAGCUCUACUCUCCGCUAAUCAAUCGCCACCAUCAUCACCGGGCAGAGUCUUCUCUGUGCAAGCUCUGGGUUUCGGCUAUGGCUACGGAGUGGCGCCUGGGCCGAAGCCGUCACCCCAGGAUCAAUUGCCGCAAAAGAUCAAAGACGAAAUGGGUGCUAGUUGGACGCGCGAGUCUUGCAUUGCAGCCGCUGAGAAGGAGAGCACGGGAUCAAUGACUGGGGCCUCGUCCGGACCAAGACACCAUUUAAGUGUACAUCGGAACGACUCGGUGGAGCAACACAUGGCACCAGAGCCGUCGCCUGCCUAUGGCAUCAUGGGUGGGCUGGGCAGUCUACAAAAGAUUCGCAAAAGCAGCGCGAAUGGAUCGUCGCCUCUGCCGCUCAGCAGUGCUUCGAGCCGAGAUUCGACGCUCAAGGUAACGGAGCUGAAACGUGUUCUCUCGUCCUCCGAGGCUAGGCAAGCAAGCUCCCUCCGCCGUCCAGUGACUGGCUCGAGGCGGAGCACACUUAGUGCUGGUAGCGACAGCUUGGUGUCAUGGAACGAAGCUGAUGAUCAAGAGAGAUCCGAAGAUCUCAAUGCGGCGGUCCCUGCCGCAAACGGUGUUCACAAGACUACCUCUCGGCCUGGCACCUCGGCUUCGAAAGUCAGCAAAGCGCAUCUUGGAGGCGAGACCACCCAAGAAAAUGACCAGCCAACACCACCGCAUGGCCCAGGUCAGGAUGUCCCACCUGUGCCCAAGAUCCCACCAAACUUUAGUUUGCCAGGCACUUACCCGCGCGACGCCUCGCCGACGAAGACAGCACCCAGCCAGCCUAGUGGAAGUCCGGUCCCAGCGGCAGCGACUAGUCCGCAGGCGAAGCGGAUGGCUAACUCAUCCCAAGCAUCUCCGUCGUUGCGUGGUGAUCGGAGCACCAAGCGUAGCUCUCGGCCGGUUAGCAGGGCGACUGCCAACUCCCCCUUCUCACUCGAGGGUCGCACCACCCCACACGACAAGGUGGAUGUCGGCAGUCUUCUGGCCAGCAUCAGGCCCAGCACUUCUGCCGGCAACGUGAGAGCGGAUAACAGCCGGGAGAAUGAGAAGGCGGCUGGAGCGAAGCUGAGCACGCCGCCGUAUUGA